CACAGCUUCAACUUCCCUCUCUGCAGGACCAGGCACCCGGGGGGCACAGGAUUGAGGAAAGGGGCCCACCCACUAUUUUUCCCAACAGCCCAGUGAAUGGCCCUCUCCUAAGUCCUCGAAGCCAGAUUGGGAGAACUGGAAAAUCCAGUUACCCAGCUUCCCCCUGCCAGCUCCCCCAAAUACCUGUGCUAAGGACUGAGUAGCUGUGGAAAGGCAGACGGGGGUUCAGACAUCUCUCUGUCCAUCCGAGAAGUGAGGUGGUCACAAUGGGGGCCAGGCUGCCCCUCUUCCUCCUCCUGACCAUCCUUGGCAGCGCACAUGGAACAGGGCCAGGAAUGAUUUUGCAACUGCAGCUGAAGGAUUCCUUUCUGGCAAAUUCCUCCUAUGAGUCCAGCUUCCUGGAAUUGCUCCAGAAGCUCUGCCUCCUCCUCCAUCUCCCGUCAGGGACCAACGUCACCCUCCGUCAGCCAGGAUCCCCACUCCACGUCAUCUGCAAAGUCUGAGAGCAAUCAAGCCUGCAAGGGGGUUGGGGGGAGCCCGCUGGGGCAUUUGUCCCCCAGGGUUCAAUGGGGGUGCCCUGGCCCCACCUUCCAACAGGAAGACACCCUGCUGAGUGUCAGUAAAUAUGCUGAAUUCAAUGACUUUGUGGGUUCAUGAGCAGAGGGCUGGCAGGAAAAAGGAAUCAGAUGCCCAAGUCUCUGACUCUCGACGCUUUCUCCCUCAAUGCCAGUGUCAAAGCCUAGAAGGAAUCUGGGGAAUUAACUGUCUGGGGACACACACACCACAGACAUACACAUGGGCGGAACUUAUACUUCAAAACACCUGGGAAUAAGAGAAAGAAACAUGUAUUAAAUUCCUACUUUGUUCCAGACAUGACGCUUUCCCAUGUCAAUGCUUGCAGCAAUCUUAAAUGUAGCAUAAUAGGUGUCAUUAUCCAACUUUACCGAUGAGCAAAGCUUAGAAAGAGUAGGCCACUCACCUGAGGUCUAUUAGCAGUGGAAAGGUUGGAUACCAGGUAAAAGUCUUGGCUUAAGCAAGAUUUUAAUUUCCUCUCCCAUUGCUUAAGUUUUGGGGCUGGGAGCUCAGCAUCCAGACAGGGAUGUGGACAGAACACCCCAGGAUAUGGGCCUUCUGACUCAAGGAUCCAUACAAGUCAGUCAGGGUAGGAUGUGGGGUGGGAGGCAGCUCAGGUGAGAGAUGAGAGGUUCAGCUUGGGAAAGGAUGGCCAGCUGGUGUAAGUGGUGGGGGAAAGACGAUGGGUGCUAGCGGAGUUUGUACUGUCUAACCAUGAUGACGUGUAGUCACACAAGCCCACACUUGAGUCCUAGCUGAGUUUCUUAUCCUCUCCACCUGCAAAAUGAGGAUAGCGAGAGUACCUGCCUCAUAAAAUUGUUGUGAGGAUUACACAAACUACCUAAGACACAUGCCACUGUGCUUGUCAGAUAAGUGGGCACAAACAGUAGGGAUCAUCAGAGUAGAAACCCAGUCCCAGCAUUUAAGUCCCUUCAGGAUCCAGGGUCCUCUUUCUCCUGAUUUUCUUGAGGCAGGCACUCACCUGACUUCCCACUCAAGGUUAUCUUGACUUCUUACCAGCUAUCUCAAAACGCAAACAUGCAGCCAAGACUUGACCACUUGGGGGUAUUGAUAUGAGUGAUUCCUGUUCUCCACAGUGCCCGCCCCUGCCUACCAUACUCCCCACCCUGCCGCCAACACCAUCAUAUGAAAUUAGAGCGUGACUCCUUUGGAGGGAGGUGAAGGCAACAGUUCCUAUGGAGCAUCCCUGAAGAUGAGGGGAAGCACAAG